UGAGUUAUUGCUUGUGCUCUGCGGUUAUAACCGGUCACACCCACCACUCUUGAUACUUUCGUUCUCUGUUCCAAGCCCAACCAGCUUUUGUUCCUGUUGCAUAAUAAUGACAGCACCAGUACGAUACCAGUAUCUUAUCUCAAGGUCGGGCGAUAUAUUGUUUUCCUUCACGGUCGGAACCCUUGCUUACUUUACAAACGAACGCGAUAAUCCAAGAGCACAGAAUGGCAAGACCUUGUUCGAAUUAGUUAAACGACGAAACCAACGUAUUGUUGAACGACGCGAUCACCAAAAUGCUGAUGUUGCUGAGAACUAGAAGAAUAAAAUCAUGUACACUGUCACUUCUUGUCUAUGUGUGGAACCUUAAAAUGAAGAGGGAGUUAUGCGAUUACAUGCGAUUUAAAGUUAUGGUGUUUGAUAUCCAGUGCUAAGACUUUAUAAGUAGAGAAAUAAGAAAGGCGGAUGAUCGUCUUUGUAUAACUACAAUAGCAACAUUUACUGUAAUAACACUAAAAAAGCAUACAUGGCCACAAAAUGUUGCUGCUGAC